GUUUUCCGUGGGACGGUAAGCCGAGCGUGAUCUCUUCCUCUCACUAUCCUCUUACCCUGAUUGCUAUUUUCUAGCUUUGCAGUGAACAACUCUUCGAUCCGAUCUUGUCCAGCAAAUCGUUCAGCAACAUCAACCUACAAUGUGCGCAACACACAGCCAGACGGCGACAGAGAGCACGCCAGAUGUCUCAAGCCAGCAGCAGAUCCGCGCAUCCGUCUUACACGGUGCGAAAGAUCUGAGGAUCGAAUCGCGCUCAAUCUUCCCACCAGGCCCAACAGACAUCCAGAUCAGCAUCCGCUCCACAGGCCUGUGCGGAUCAGACCUACACUACUACAGACACAACCGCAAUGGCGAUAUCCUCGUGCAAGAGCCGCUUUCUCUCGGCCACGAAUCUGCAGGUGUCGUUGUUGAUGUUGGCUCAGAGGUCAAGGACUUCAGUGUUGGUGACAAAGUAGCGCUCGAAGUUGGCCUGCCGUGCGAGCAGUGCGAGAGGUGUAAGGAGGGGAGAUACAACAUUUGCAAGGGCAUGAGGUUUAGGAGUAGUGCCAAGAGCUUCCCUCACGCACAGGGAACGUUACAGGACAGGAUCAACCAUCCUGCGGCGUGGUGCCACAAGCUGCCUGAGAAUAUGUCGCUCGAUUUGGGUGCGCUCUUGGAGCCUUUGAGUGUGGCAAUUCAAGCCGCGAAGAGGGCGCAGCUGCAAGCUGGUUCCACAGUAUUAGUCUUCGGUGCGGGUGCUGUCGGUCUGCUGGUCGCCGCAAUGGCGAAGAUCUCCGGUGCGGGCACGGUUGUCAUUGCAGACAUCGACCAAGGGCGGGUUGACUUCGCAGUGCAGAACAACUUCGCAGACCGAGCAUUCACAGUACCAAUGAAGCGCGGCAACACGAUUGAGGAGCAGCUCGAUAUUGCGAAAGAGACGGCUGCGGCAAUCGGGAAAACACCACGAGGCAGCGCUGGAGAGGUUGGUGAGGUCGACGCGGUAUUUGAGUGCACUGGUGUGCCAUCGUGCGUGCAAGCAUCAAUAUACGCCGCACGACCCGGAGGUAAGAUGCUGCUCAUCGGUAUGGGAACACCAAUUCAAACCCUGCCUAUCUCCGCUGCGGCACUCCGCGAAGUCGACAUUCUCGGCGUGUUCAGAUAUGCAAACACAUACCCGACCGGUAUCGAGGUCGUGUCGAAGAAGGGGCCUGACUACCCAGACUUCUCGAAGCUCGUCACACAUAGGUUCAAGGGUCUCGAGUCAGCAGAUGAGGCGUUUGAAAUGGCUGGCAAGACAAAGGAUGACAACGGCAAUCUCGUCAUCAAGGUCGUGCUUGAGACCGGCGAGGAGAAGGCAAAUCUGUGAGCAUGUUGUGGUUGUAGAUACCUCCGGCGUUGGGAGAGCUCAUUGUUGUAGAUGCCUUGUUGAUACUGUGACCAAAAGUAAUAACGUAUGCGGAGAAGAAUCCCGACGAUCA